AUGAAUUGGUUAAGGCAGAAGACAGGGUCCCAUAAUACUGAGCGCCCUUCUGGCCGCACAACCCCCGAUACAUUCACAUUCACUGCCAGCGACUCUUGUUCCGCUGUCGCUCCUACACCUUCUUCCACACAUUCCGUCGAUUCGCCUUCUCCCUCACCACAACCUGCAACGCCAGACGACACAACAGUAUUUUCUACUGCCAGGCCCAGCAACUGUUUUGGCCACCGCACAGCUGCACCAUCCAAGCCCGUCGAUAUUGCCGCGCCCACACUUCGGACCUCGGCCAGUGCAUCGCCAACUCAACGCUACCUGACAUCUGACGGCAGAGUCAAGGAAGUCGACGUCGCAAACCCCGCCCCCACAGCCGCCAACAACAACAACAACAACAACAACAACUACAGCAGCAAUAACAAGAACAACAAUAAUUGUAUCGUCACCACAGACACAGGCAUAGACAUAGACGCAGACACAGACAUGACGACCGGACCCAAUCUCGAGCCGGCCUUUGGCCGCAGCCGCCAGGACUCCUUUGUCAGCGCCGGCCCCAAGCCCAUAUCCAUGAAUCCCAACCGUGAUCAUGGCCGCGGUCGCAGAGAGUCCCUAGCUGGCAGUCUUAUCAAUGGUAUGAGUUGGGGUGGGAUUUCCGUUGGAAGCUACAUUAGAGAUGACCUUGCCAUGGCAGGCACGUCGCCCUUUAUUGGCGCGCAGUCGCCACACUCGAAUUCAUACGUUCCCAAGAUGGAGGCGCAGUUCCUGAGCAACUUCUUCUGUUGCGAUCAGAAACUUAAGGACAUGCACGACCUGUUGCGCCACUACGAGACACAGCACGCUGGCGCUGGACCAAGAGCUGGCGUACCAAUGAACCACCGACUUUCAGUCAGCAGACCGUCCAUUUCGAACGGAGGCGGCCGACGGGACUCGACAGGUUUCCAGACCCAAAAUCAGUUUGGCCAGCAGAACCGACCUGUGGGCGGCACCAGCAACGGUAAUUUCGGGUUUGGAGGCAUGCAGAUGGGCAGACAGCAAUCUGGUCUGGGUAACUCGAUGCAGAAGUCGUCUGGUCUAUUGGAUAUCAACGACGAGUUGGAUGCUGUAGGCGAUAUGGAGAUGGAUGAUGCUGUUGGUCCCAUGGAGCUGGACGACGCCAGCCAACAGACUCGAUCCAUGUUCGGCCAACAGCAACGCCCUCAACUAUCUCUCAACCUGAACGGAACGGGAAUAAGCCAGCAAGGACUUCGCACGUCGCAGCCCUCCACGCCAGGCGCUACAGGCUUCGGAUUCCAAAAUAACCCGACCGUCAGCUCGGUCAACACACCGACUUUGACCACGACGCAGUCUCAAAACGGACAGAUGGCCACAGAUCUCAAUGGCAUGGACGAUUUGUCAGGCCUGGCCAACAACAUGAACCUUGACUUCUCUGCGCUGGGCAACCUGAAUAGUUUCAUCGCUGAUCCGGCGAAGAGCUUGUACAGCCCAAAUAAUGCCAUGGCGCAGCAACGCCUGCAGCAGCAGAUGGCUCAAUAUGGCUUGGAUCAGGCCCAGUUUGGUGAUCAGUUCUCCGACCCACAACAAAUAGCCAUCCUUCAGCGUGCUUUGGCUGGUAAUACUGCUAACCUCGUCAUUCCUCCUGAAGAAGACAAACCUUUCAAGUGCCCGGUCAUUGGGUGCGAAAAGGCGUACAAGAACCAGAACGGUUUGAAAUACCACAAACAGCAUGGACAUCAAACCCAGCAACUGCAUGAGAAUGGAGACGGUACUUUUUCAAUUGUAAACCCUGAGACAUCCCAACCAUUCCCUGGCGAGAUGGGCAUGGAAAAAGAGAAGCCCCAUAAGUGCGAGUACUGCAACAAGCGCUACAAGAACCUCAAUGGUCUCAAAUACCAUAAGCAACACUCUCCUGCUUGUGAGGCCGCUGCCAACAUCGCUGCUAUGAGGGCUGGAUGGGCUGCCAAUGCUGCUAAUGGUCAGGCAAAUCUCAACAUGUCAAGCUUAUCCAAUUUGUCCAUGGGCAACCCGUUAGGCAUGACGCAUGGGCUUCCCGGUAUUGGCGAAGAAAUGCAGAUGUAG